CGGCAGUCAGUCAUGAUCGCCCGCGGUCAGUGCCGAGUCUUGGCCGUUUUUCUUGCCGUUUUGGGAAAUCGAUUCGGGCGGCGUCGGCGAGCGAGCUUGCGGGGACACGAUAUGUCCAUGUCAUCGUCAACACGCGCAACUUGCCUUGGGCUUUUGCGAUGUUUUUUCUCGAAACGGCAAUAAACAAUUCAACUCAUCACGGACCACGACAAUGGGUCUCAGCGAUUACGAAGAGAUGCGAACGAUUCUGGGCGCAUAUAAGACGAUGAUGGCUUUCCGGGAGAGGGGAUGAGCGCUUCAUAUUUUGGAAUCACGCACGCAUUCACCCUUUUGGCCCGAGCCGCUGGCAACCAAACCGGAGAUGCAUCAUCACUCAAUCUCUUCGUUGCUCCUUCUUGGAGGCCUGCACAUUGCGGCUAGUCUCCAGGUAAACUUGGUGGCGGACAACUCAUCGAGUCUUUCGCCAGUCAUCCUAGCCGAUACCAACCGCGACGGCGCCGUGGACGAUGCAGACCUCGAGCACAGGCAUCAGUGGACAGAUGCUCACGGGGCCAUCUUCCUCCCCAACGUCGGCGACCAAACCCAUCGCUGUGCGGCCGUCGAUCUCGCCGGUCUCCCCCUCAGCAACCUCGAGCUCGCGGCUUGCCACGAUGCGGCCGGCGAUCGUCUCAUCGCACCGCACAUGGCUGCACGAGUCACGACGCAACCCAUCCGCGGCCUGUUGGACAACGCUGCCGGACGAAUUUACACGCUGCCGGCGGCGGCUCGCGACCGCGUUCGCGUCUUUUGGAGGCACGGUGGCGCGGGCAGCGACUCGGCCGACUGGACCUUGAUCAAUAGUCAGUUCGAGUUCAACGCCACCAGCCUCGCUCAGGGUCUGGGCCUGGCGGUGGACGGCCGGGAGUUGGUCUCCGACGCGAGUACCUGGGACGGCUCGGUGCAAAUAGCCUUUGAGGUUAGCGACGGCCGGCGCAAGGGCUCAGACUUUGUGGCCUUGAAGCAGGCGCCGGUGCUCGUCCACCACCAUCUUCAAACGGUCGACACCUUUUUGACGCUCCAGACCAACGACUCGGUUUCUGCGUGGCAGGCACCGUUUGUCAAGUCCCUAACGGACAUUGCGGGCCGUCUGCAUCGGCCGCUGCCGCUCCGCGUGCUCAACAACAGCAACGAGGUAUGGGCCCAAGACUUCAUGGAGCCCGCCUUUGUCAGUAUGCCCGGGCCCAAAGGUCCCAUCUCGCUGCGCGUGCUCAUACGAUCUGCGCAAUCCACUCGCGUCAAUGGUCGGCGCGUGUUCAACGAGCUACGCGGAGACGGCGUGGGUGGCUGGCAGCCCGGGUCCGGGUCGGGCUUUGGGUGGGAGGAGAUCAACUCGGGCGGCAACAUCGAGACGAUCCCGCCGUACCGGUCCCGAUCAGGCGUCCCGUAUCGGAGCGGGCGGGUUCUCCUGGGCAAGCACUUUGACAAGUACCCCGCCGCGUCGAUGAUCACUUUCUUGGAAUCGCAGGGUGCGCAGAGACCCCUGUUCCUCGAGGCGGGCUGGCUCGUCGCCGGGCACAUCGACGAGAUGGUCCAGUUCCUGCCGUACGACAACGACUUGGGGUUCACCAUGGCGGUGCCUGAUACUGCGGCGGCUCUCGCGCUUCUCCGAUCUGUCAGAAAGGCGGGACACGGGUCUGCUCCAAUCUUGAGCUACAACGGUAGCAUGGCCCCUGACAAGGAUGCGCUCUUCCUCGACCCCUCCGUCCGCAAUAAGACCGUCAGCAGCGUGCUGGAUGACAGCCAGUUUCUCCAGAUCAACGAGUAUGGCCAGCGUUUCAUCGACAGCAACGUCGCGCUGCUGCUGCAGGAGAUUCCGCUCGACCCGAAGCACGUCCUUCGCGUUCCGGCGCUUUGGAAGGACACGACCUACCCCUGGCCACGCAGUCCAGAUGGCGUCCCCACGAGGCUUCAUCGGGCGCUACCAGGCGAGCGUCAGCUGCAGGCCUUCUUCCCGCACGCAGUCAACGGCGUCGUUCUCGGCCACGAUUACGUCGCGCCAAAGCCCUGGGGCCCCGUCGUCGACGGCCGCGAUGUUCUCGAAUCCGCCAUCGCGGAGGUCUACGCCAAGGCCAACAUGACGGUCUGGUUCAUCGACGACUACAUGUCCCAUCACGUUCGAGGCGGCGAGGUGCACUGCGGCACAAACACCCUGCGAGACACGGCGGUGGCGUGGUGGAAGACGGAGUGACAUUCUCUCAUGCAGGGUUGGACGGGUUGGCAUGUCGCUAGUAGCAGUAGCUCCUCUGACUUGCCUGCAUGAGGGGAACCCUGCUGCGUGCGGGCUGGCUUGCCGUUAUGCCGCCCACAUGUCUUUGGUUCCCUUGCCUGGUCCGAUCCAAAACCAUGAUCCUUCGUUCACUUGCCCGCGUGGCUCGUGCAGGGUUGGCAUCAAUCUGUGUCAGCUUGUGAACCCCACGUGGAUAAUCAUAGAUAGAACAUACAGUAUGCCACUUUUGUAACCAUCAUUCAUUCAAGUCGAAUGCACCCGAGUAUCUUUAUAUAGAGCAGCUAGAAAUUAUGGAG